GGUUUUUUACUGGGGCUCCUCAGUCACAAACUCCUUCUCUACAAAAAUAUUGUUUCCGCAAAAUUACAAUUUUGUGGUGGGAUUUUAAAUAUUCUUCUUACACAUUCAUUUUAAUUUCGCAUAGUGGACAUGUAAAUAUAUUUUAACCUCGUGAACUCGGGUUGUUGUGAGUCACAAAAAGGAAAAAGUUUGAAGAGAAAAAUAAAUAAGUGAAGGUAUAGAGAAAAAAUUACUUCUCAAAUAAGAAGAUAAAAUUGUGACACAAGUACAAAGUCCACCUUCAAUGAUUUUUUUCUUGCCUGUGAGAAAAAGAGUUAUAUUGUGAAAUUAAAUUGCACACACACCGUGCUAAUUGCAAAUUACACUACAAUUUUGGUGUGUAAGAGUAAGUGAAAAGGAGUGGCUUUUGUUCCUGAUUCCCUCCAAGAAAUAUUUUUUAAAAAAAAAUAAAGAAAUGUCAACAAUUGAGGAAAGAUUCACAGCAGCAGUUAAUGUUAUACGGGGGCUGCCUAAGAAUGGAUCCUACCAGCCAAGCAAUGAUAUGAUGCUGAAAUUCUACUCACUGUACAAACAGGCUACCCUUGGACCGUGCACACAGGGUAAGCCAGCCUUCUGGGACAUUGUUAACAGGGCUAAAUGGCAAUCGUGGAAGCAUCUGGGUGAGAUGUCACGGGAACGAGCAAUGGAGAAUUAUGUGGAGGAGCUCAAGAAGAUCAUUGAGACAAUGUCCUACACGGAGAAUGUUGCCCAAUUUAUGGGGAGUAUCAGUGAAUUGGAUGGUAUUAAUGUGGAGGAUUUGGAAGCUGUAGCACCUGAAGCGAUAAAGAAAGUCCGUUCCCGUCCCAAUUCUCCUUUUGCAUCACGAGAAGCCAGCCCCGCCAGGGCACCCAUGCUGCCACACAAUGGGUACACACAGCCACAACUAACAAAUGGCAAUGGGUACCUCGUGAAUGGUAAUGACGUGUCUGCUGUGUAUCAAAAUGGGCAUCUUACGGAGCAAUCUGAUGAUGAAUACAUCGACACAGUUGAAGAUGAACCCGAAUCACGAUCCCUGGCAAGUGUCACAACAUCCCAGCACACAUCACGAUCAAAGGUGCGCACCAAUGAGCACUGGAGCAAAGCCCCAACUUCUGGGAGCAAGCGUGACUUGCAUAUGAACGGUGUGGCGAGUACGACGCUCAAUGAGGAAUUCCUGGAAGUGCUGAACCUCCUCAAUUCCACAGUAGAUCGAAUGAGUGUGGACUUGCAGCAGGUGACAAAUAGAAUAAACAUCAUGGAACGAUCCCUCCUGGAAGUACGCUACAUGCAGGCAUCGAGGAUUCGUCAAUACCCAAGUUGGUGGCCAUUUGAGGAUAUUUCCCCCAAAUGGUUCUUCUUCCUCGUCAUUUGGCCAUUUGUGGCGCAAAAAAUGGCUCACAUUAUCAACAAUAGGCGCAACAAAUGAUCCACCCACGACACGCAUGAGAUGCAAGAACAACAACAUUCUACCGACUCUACCUUAACACAAAAACCCAAGGGAAUAGGGGUAUUAAGUAGUUAAUUAUUAAGAAUAAAAUAUAGGUUAUAAAAAGAAAUUAACAGAAGGAUUAAAAAAAAAGAAUUUAUAAUUUUUUCUCCUAUCAGACAAAAUGUGAUUUUAUUUUUCUACAAGGAAAAAGAAACAACAAAAUAUUCAUUAUUUUUGGUGCAAGGCCUUUGCCAAUUUUAUUUUAUUUUAUUUUUUUAUUGUAUAAACUAAAUUUUAUUAUUUUUGGUGAUCCUCCCCCCCCUCCCCCAUUAAAUAUUGUACAAUGAUUUUUAUUUUAUAAAAAAAAAGAGACGUAAAAGAGAAACAUUUAUUCCACAAUUUAUUUUCUAUGAUUUUAUUUUAUAUAUUUUACAGGGUUUAUAUUGUAGUUUGCACUAAUAAAUGAAAUGUAGUGAUAAUUAA